GCCGGCGGGAGGCGCGCACACCGCACAUCCCCCCCCUUCCCCUCGCUCCCUUUUCCCCCUCCCUUCCCUCCUCUUCUACUCGCGUCCCUUCCCCCCCCUUUCCUUCUCCCCCCCAAUCCCUUCGCCCCCUUCCCCGGUCACCGGCGAGCACGCCCCCGCCCCCCCUUCCGCGUUCCCGCUGAAGCACGGCUCCGCGCGCGGGAGCGCGCCGGGGGCAGGCUGCACCCUGCACCCUGGGAAGAGUUCAGCAGCUGUCAAGAGUUUAAGAAGCCUUUGUUCAGAACAUUUCCUGCAUUGUUCAUGGAGUUUUUCCUCAGCAUGUCUGAAACCAUCAAGUACAAUGACGACGACCACAAGACCGUCUUCCUGAAGACGCUCAACGAGCAGCGUCUGGAGGGGGAGUUCUGCGACAUCGCCAUCGUGGUGGAGGAUGUCAAGUUCCGAGCCCACCGCUGCGUGCUGGCUGCCUGCAGCACCUACUUCAAGAAGCUCUUCAAGAAGCUGGAGGUGGACAGCUCCUCGGUCAUCGAGAUAGACUUCCUGCGCUCCGACAUCUUCGAGGAGGUCCUCAACUACAUGUACACCGCCAAGAUCUCCGUGAAGAAAGAGGACGUCAACCUGAUGAUGUCCUCGGGGCAGAUCCUGGGCAUUCGGUUCCUGGACAAGCUCUGCUCCCAGAAGCGCGACGUGUCGAGCCCCGAGGAGAACCCCCAGGCCAAAAGCAAGUACUGCCUGAAGAUCAACCGGCCCAUGGGCGAGCCCAACGAUGCCCAGGACGACGAGGUGGAGGAGAUCGGCGACCACGACGACAGCCCCUCGGACGUGACGGUGGAAGGGACUCCCCCGAGCCAGGAGGACGGCAAGUCCCCGACCACCACCCUGCGGGUGCAGGAGGCCAUUCUCAAGGAGCUGGGCAGCGAGGAGGUGCGCAAAGUCAACUGCUACGGCCAGGAGGUGGAGCCCAUGGAAACAACCGAGUCCAAGGACUUGGGGGCUCAGACCCCUCAGGCUUUGACCUUCAACGACGGCAUAAACGAAGUGAAGGAUGAGCAGACCCCGGGCUGGACCACGGCGGCCGGGGACAUGAAGUUCGAGUACCUGCUGUACGGCCACCGGGAGCACAUCGCGUGCCAGGCCUGCGGCAAGAGCUUCUCGGAUGAGGCGCGGCUGCGGAAGCACGAGAAGCUGCACACCGCCGACAGGCCUUUCGUCUGCGAGAUGUGCACCAAGGGCUUCACCACCCAGGCUCACCUCAAGGAGCACCUGAAGAUCCACACGGGCUACAAGCCCUACAGCUGCGAGGUGUGCGGCAAGUCCUUCAUCCGCGCCCCCGACCUCAAAAAGCACGAGAGGGUCCACAGCAACGAGCGGCCCUUCGCCUGCCACAUGUGCGACAAAGCCUUCAAGCACAAGUCCCACCUCAAAGACCACGAGAGGAGACACCGAGGGGAGAAGCCUUUCGUCUGCAGCUCCUGCACCAAGGCUUUCGCCAAGGCCUCGGACCUGAAGAGGCACGAGAACAAUAUGCACAGCGAGAGGAAGCAGGUGACCGCCGCCAACUCCAUCCAGAGCGAGACAGAACAGUUGCAGGCGGCAGCUAUGGCUGCCGAGGCAGAGCAGCAGCUGGAAACCAUAGCUUGUAGUUAAAAAGCAGGAACUGCCCCGGGAGGACAGCAGGAACUUCAUCAGCAGUGGUGUAGAGAAGUAAAGUGGGACACAGAAUCAGUUGGGAGAUGCUUGGACUGCAAACUCUUCCUUUCAGGCAGAGCUGUCGGAGGAGGACCUGGCUAUCACCUGGAACCCGCUGUGCUGCUUGGCUUAGGUGCUGCCAGAGCCUCCAGAGCUCCUUGGAGCUGAGCUAGCUGUGUUGUCCUGAGCAGUGUUGACGUUGCCAAAACCUGAUUUGUCCUUUGAGGGCGUGGGUGAGCUCUGUAAAACAGGGGCUGCACCCCAGGUGAGUGGGUUUGGGAUAAGCCAGGGUGGAAUGCUGCGGCUGGUGUGGAGGCUCCAAAAUGGGUGCUGCAGCACCAGCAUCUGGGAGGAGAGCAGGACUGGAAAGGUGGUGGCUGGAACUCUGAAGCUGCUUUAGACACCAGUUUUUGUCAGCUGCUUCAGCUUUGACAUUCCUUCACUUGUCACUUGGGGUAGGUGCUAGAGGUUGGUACAGCUGGGUGCUGGAGUGGGGUGGGUCAGAGGUGGCUUUGGUUCCUUCUCAGCUUGGGGCUGCAGUAAGUUUCCUCUGCCCCACAUAGAGCUGAAGCAGCUUAGAGAAUGAAUCACAGAAUGGGUAGGGUUGGAAGGGACCUCAAAGCUCAGCCAGCUCCAGCUCCUGCCAUGGGCAGGGACACCUCCCACCAGCACAGGUUGCUCAGACCUCGUCCAACUGGGUCUUGAACAGCUCCAGGGAGGGGACAUCCACAGCCUCCCUGGGCAGCCUGUGCCAGGGUCUCUUCACCAUGAUGGAGAAGAGUUUCUUCCUGCGUGCAAGGGGGGUGAGUGAUCAAAAUGAAGUUGGUUUGAACCCUCAGACAUCCUCUGAUUUUAAUCAAGGUGACACAUGUAAUGAAAUUCAUAGAAUGGGUUGGGUUGGAAGGGACCUUCGAGGCUGUCCAGUUCCAACCCCCUGCCAUGGGCAGGGACACCUUCCACUAGAGCAGGCUGCACAAAGCUUCAUCCUGAACAAGUAAUGAUGCAUUAUUGGCAGAGGUCCUGGCCAGUGGGGCUUGUGGCCUUCACCAGUCCUUUGUGGGGGGAAAAGAAUCUGCCAGGUUUGCUUCCAUGUACACUCCUAGACCAUCUCCUGGAGAUGGGACAGAGCAUGGAGAAGGGAGCAGGAUCCUUAUUCUGACCCCAGAGCAGUUAAAGCUUUUUACGCCACAGCGAAGCAAAAAGAGCUCUGGGACAGCUCCUCAUGGUCAGCCCUCUGCAGCCAGCUCUUUGUGGGACACCUCUACGUGGCCAGCUCGAACCGAGGACAUGGUGAGCUGCACAGCAGCCUUCAGCAUCAGCCUGGGCCCUGUGUGCAACCGUGGGGAGCCCUGAGCGCCUGGCAGCAGCCAGCGGUGCAGGUGGAGAGGUAGACCUCUCCAACCAGCUGCCAAGCAGUGUGGGUCCUGCAAGGAAAAUUUUACUCAUAGGGGAAUAGAAGUGUAAAAACUGCUGAGCCCCACAGUUUGUACCCCGUGCUGGGCAGCUGAGCACACACCUUCAUCCUGCCCAGCCAGCAGAGCUGUGCACUUCGCUCUGCCCUUGGCUUGGGUGACUCGGCAGUGAAGUGAUAAUGAAAUCAACCACAGGAUAAAGGCAGGGCUGGGAUCAAAUCCCCUGAAGCAAACUCAGCUGCAAAACCUAACCCUUCAGCUGGCCAGCAGGGUGGGCAGGGACAGCCUCUGCAGGGGUUUGCUGCAAAAGCUGAGUGGUCGAGGUCUGAGGAGGGUGCUGGGGUGCCAUGCCUCAGAGUCCCUCGGUUCCAACACCACCACCACCACCUCCCAGAAGCAAAGAGAAUGACCCAAGGUGUGGCAGGAAUGGGCUUGGUGCUGCCACCUCUGCCUGCUGUGAGAGACCAGGAUAGAGCUGCCCCAGAGGAGUGGAUUGCAGAGAGUUGGCCACAGAUUGUUGGCUACAGGGAGUCGGCCACAAAGUGGCUUGCAGAGAGUUGGCCACGAACAGCCACAAAGUGGAGAGUUGACCAGGGAGAGUUGUCCCACUCUGGGGUGUCAGCUGCAGAGUACAGCCAGGAGCUGUCACCUGCCUGGGUGGUGGCUCAUGGCUUGGCACAACAGCUCUUGGGUGCCCUUCCAGUUGCAAAGCUUCUUUCUGCUGAGCACCACCUGUAGGCAGCAAGAGGGAGCCUUCAUUGGGGGGCUUUGAGGUAACGAAUCCACACUGAGUUCUGUGCUGCCUGGGUUGUGGAGCUGGGGUAGAUGCUGCUCAUCUAACUUAGUCAGCAAGGGGCUCUGUGCAUUGCAACUCUGCUGCCUGGAUUCAAGAGGAGGAGACACCAAAGUGCUGGGAAUGUGAUCCCAAGGGACUUGCACUCUGGAGAUGCCACAGCCAGUGUCAGCACUGCGGUGGACGUUGGAAUGGGCUGAAACCCCAGGGGCUGGGGCAGCUGCCUGGGUGCUGCUCUGCCCUCUACACACUUCAGAGUUACCACCUGCUGGGUCCCAUCUUGCUUCUCUCCAGAGCUGUGGAAACAGAGUGGAUUUCUGGCACUGUUCUAUGGAACUUUGCUCCUUGGGGAGUUGUGUUUUGUUCCAGUUUGUUUUGCUUGCUUGCUUGCUUUCUGCCUUUCUGCCUUUCUGCCUUUCUUUCUGCCUUUCUGCCUUUCUUUCUGCCUUUCUUUCUGCCCUUCUUUCUGCCCUUCUUUCUGCCCUUCUUUCUGCCUUUCUUUCUGCCUUUCUUUCUUUCUGCCUUUCUUUCUUUCUGCCUUUCUUUCUUUCUUUCUUUCUUUCUUUCUUUCUGCCUUUCUUUCUUUCUGCCUUUUUUUUUUUGUUUGCAGCUUUGUUUUCAUCACCUCCUCCUCCUUUUUAAAGAGUUACCUCCCAGCAUCCCAGUCCUGAUUUGGGAAGCUCGAGGGGGUGGGGCUGUAAAUAAUCAAUGCAAGGAAAUUACCCCCCUGGAGUGUAAUGUUUUAGGAGAAUUGGGAACUUUGGAGCCUUCCCCCAAUAUAUUUUUUUAGAAGUGUGUGGCUUGGGUUUUACCUUCAGUCCUGUCAGCUUGGGAAGCAGACUCUGCAUUGGUGAUGAACUUUGGGCUUGUUUUGUAUGUACCUGUGCAACAUCAGAGGAUGUUUUUACUCAUUGCAUUUUUAUUGGAGGAACGUUGAUGAUGAUGAUGAUGAUGAUGAUGAUGAUGAUGAAUGGUCAUUGUUAAAAUGUCUGGCUGGAUGUGCUCAUGGCUAUAAAGAUGAGUAGGUCCCAGGUGGGAUCUGCAUCCCUAUUUCUUUUCUAAAUAUAUUAGUCUUGCUCUGGUUUCUUUUCCUAAAA